AUGCAACCCUCAUGGGACCCGAAUCCCGCUUUGUUGGGGCUUUUGUUGUUCCUUUCUCCAGUUCACCACCGCCCCGUCUUCGCUUUAUGUAUUCGCUUUCUUCAAGGCUCCUUCUUCCUUCAUUUGCAGAUACUGAAAGGCACCCACGAAGAGAGCAUGGCUGCAUUUGACACUGGCAACAGUCCGCCAGAGCCGGUUUCCUGUACUGUCCUGAGAGAUGACAUCGCUUUGCCGCGUAUCUGGCAUGUACAGAAUGACAGAUCAGACGCAUAA